AUGUGGUAUGCAAAAUACCGAGAAGCUGUUGCAAGCAGCACAAGAAUAGAACAAGACAAUGAAUAUACAGCAUAUACAGCACCAAUUAAACGACCACGGGAACAUCACAGAGUCGAUAGCCUAAUCUCACAAGAGCCAAACUUCUUUUUGACGACUCCAUCUAGCUUCAGAAAUGAGAAUGCAUUAAAUGCGUUGAACGUGGUAGAGCAAAACCCCGGAACCCAAUCAUCGUUACGACAAUACAUAAAACGUAAUUCCAAAAGAACUCAAGGAAAGAAAGAACAGCCGGCAGCCUGUCAAUUGUGCGGAAUGAUAAUCAAGCACGUUUCGGAUAGAAGAAGACAUGUAUUAUUCCAUCUGAAAUUGAAGCCAUGGAAAUGCACAUCGUGUAUGAGUGGCUUCACUCGAGCAUCUACAGCGAUUCUCCAUUUUUCUAAACAACACCCGUUUGAGACAUCCAAUCCAUUUGUCUAUGAAUUAUCCAAUGAAGAGACCGAAAGAGUGAAUAAAAAGAAAAUGGAGUACUUUUUGGAAUCUGACGAAUCGGCUGAUCCACCAGAAACAAAAGUUACGGAUAAUGUUUUUUCGGAAGUCAGCGAACACAAUGAGUCUGAAAUCUCAAUCAAGGAUGGAGAAAUUUCCAUAGAGGACACUGAGUCAAUAUCCAGUUCUCCAGAUGAGAACGAUCCUGACUUACCGGAAGCAUCCGAGGUAAAUGACGAUUCUAAGGCCUAUGGCAAUCACGGAAAUACCUGCAAACUUUGUGGAAAGGAAUACGCCGGUGUCGCGGAUCAAAAAGUACAUGUAAUGACACAUCUUCAUAUAAAACCGUGGAAAUGUCCAAUCUGUAUAAAAGCUUAUACGCGAAUCAAAACGGUUAAUGGUCAUUUCGUCCAAGUUCAUAAGGGAGAGCCGUUUCAGCCGCCUGUUACUAAUUUAUCAAUCCGAGACAAAGAGCUAAUUGAUCGCAAGAGACUGGAAUAUUUUCCAAAGAUCAUAAAACUCUAUGAAGAUGUUUCGAAACCGAAAACAAUUUUCAUUCCACUGAAAAGAGUGACGUGUCAAGAGUGUAAUCGAGAAGUCAGCAACGUACAUGCCGAUCGAUGGAGACACAGUUUGUGUCAUGUGGGACUCAAACCUUUCAAAUGUCCCCACUGUAACAAAUGCUACACUCGAGCUGAUAAAGCUGGUCAGCAUUCUAUUAAAUUCCAUCCCAACUGCGAAUUCAAACCAAUUGAAUAUACAAUAUCGAAAGACGAAGAGCUACAACUGGAACUGAAAAUGCUCGAGAACUUUCCGGAAAGUUCGUUAUGGAGAAAAACAGAAAUCACUGAAGAAAAUGAUAGCACUGAAUCCGAUAUCAAUGAUACGACAUAA